AUGACCGGAGGCCCUGGCUGCUCCUCCAUCUUAGCCAUGGUGACAGAGAACGGGCCUUGCUUGGUCAAAAAGGGCAACGCGUCAGAGGCGUGGAAGAUGCAGCGAAACCCAUGGAGCUGGACAGAAGUUGGGACCGUGCUUUGGGUAGACCAGCCUGGGGAGGUUGGCUUUUCAAUCGGAGCCGAAAGCGACGAUGAGCUCGGCGUGUCCGAGCGGAUGCUAGUUUUCAUGUUGGCGUUUUACGAGCGAUAUCCCUCCUUGCUCAAAGCGCCGUU